CACGUACGGCCGCGGGGGAGAUUCGAUUCAGUACCCGCAUCGCGAUCCGACCCGGUGGCCCCGAUCCCCGAUCGCGCGGCGGCGCCGACCGAUCACUUGCCAUACCCGGCGCAUCCGUCCUUCCCUGCCGCGCCGUAUAAAUAGCGCCGCCCUGCCGGCGUGGGGUCUGCCGGUAGUAGCCACCAGCUACCGUCGUCUCGCACGCACGCCCAUACCACACCCGCACGACACUCCAAUCCAUGUCGACGGAGGCCUCAUCGAAGGCGGCGGCGGGCGGUGAUCGGAGCCGAGGGGACGACCUGCAGUGCCGUGGGCGGGGCGGCGACCGCGCCGAGGAGAUGCGUGGUGCUGCGGCCAAGCAGGACGGCGGGGUGCUGCCCGUCGUCGGCGACGACGCGGGGGUGGUCGUGGUGGAGCCCUGCGUCAUCGCCGUCGACGACAGCUCCAUCGACCGCGCCCUUGUCACCGCGCUGCUCCGGCGAUCCAACUACAGAGUCACGGCCGUGGACAGCGGGAAGAGGGCGCUCGAGAUACUGGGUUCGGAGCCGAAUGUGAGCAUGAUCAUCACGGACUACUGGAUGCCGGAGAUGACUGGCUACGACCUCCUCAAGAAGGUCAAGGAAUCGUCGGAGCUCAAGCAGAUCCCGGUGGUGAUCAUGUCCUCCGAGAACGUGCCGACACGGAUCAGCAGGUGCAUGGAAGAAGGCGCGGAGGACUUCCUGCUCAAGCCCGUCAGGCCGUCGGACAUCUCCCGCAUAACCACCCGGAUGCUGCACUGAUCAUUGGCCACCACAGUGGUCAGAUUGUUAGUAGUGUUUUGCAGUUACAGUAGACGUCAGAAUAGCUAUUAGACUGUAACGGGGCACGACUAGCUUGCUGCUUCAGUAGUAGCAGGAGUUAUCUCUAAGCUUCCAGUAGCGAGUUUCUUAAGAUAAAGAUGUGUAACCAGUGCAUGGAUCGUUUCGUUCAAAUGAAAAUUACAGUGGCGGACCCUUUUGCCACUAGCAAGUUUUGUUUUCUUA